CCGGGCGCGGGCGUGCGGAAUUCGGCGUCUGGAAUUCGGCGGGUCUGAGCGCCUACGUGCGUAGGCGUCCGGCUUCGAAAUGCAGCGGGAUUUAGUUAGUUUCCCCCUGUCCCCAGCGGUGCGCGUGAAAAUGGUGUCUGCAGGUUUCCAAACUGCUGAGGAGCUCCUAGAGGUGAAACCCUCCGAGCUCAGCAAAGAAGUUGGGAUAUCUAAAGAGGAAGCCUUAGAAGCUCUGCAAAUUAUAAGAAGAGAGUGUCUCACAGAUAAACCAAGACAUGCUGAGUCAGGCAAGAAAUGCACAGCAUUGGAUCUUCUUGAGCAGGAGCAUACCCAGAACUUUAUAAUUACCUUCUGUUCAGCACUCGAUAAUAUUCUUGGGGGUGGAGUACCCUUAACCAAAACAACAGAAAUUUGUGGUGCACCAGGUGUUGGAAAAACACAGUUAUGUAUGCAGUUGGCAGUAGAUGUGCAGAUACCAGAAUGUUUUGGAGGAGUGGAAGGCGAAGCAGUUUUUAUUGAUACAGAGGGAAGUUUUAUGGUUGAUAGAGUGAUAGACCUUGCAACUGCCUGCAUUCAGCACCUUCAGCUUAUAGCAGGAACAGGUAUGGAAGAGGCGCACCCAAAGGCUUUGGAGAAUUUUACUCUUGAAAACAUUCUUUCCCAUAUUUAUUAUUUUCGUUGUCAUGACUACACAGAGCUACUGGCACAAGUUUAUCUACUUUCAGAAUUCCUUUCAGAACAUUCAAAGGUUCGAUUAGUUAUAGUGGAUGGUAUUGCUUUUCCCUUUCGUCAUGACUUUGAUGACUUAUCCCUUCGAACUCGAUUACUAAAUGGCCUAGCCCAGCAAAUGAUCAGCCUUGCAAAUAAUCACAGAUUAGCUGUAAUUUUAACUAAUCAGAUGACAACAAAGAUUGAUAAAAAUCAGGCCAUGCUGAUACCUGCGUUGGGGGAAAGUUGGGGACAUGCUGCUACAAUACGGCUGAUCUUUCAUUGGGAUCAAAAGCAAAGUUUACCUUGAGAGGAUAGAAUUCACACUGGAGGAAAACAGUUAUGAAAAUGAACACUUCGAGUUUGAGCAGAAAACUAAAAAACCUUGACUAGCCAAAUAUAUAUUGAGAAUUGAAUUUAAGUAUCCCAUCUUAUGACUCAGUCCCCACCCUUCACCAGGAACACCUGAUUUUUAUCUUUUGACUAAUAAUGGAAUUAUAUUCUAAUAGAAAUACUGAAACAUUUUAAUAAUGGAAUAUCAUUCUAAAAAGAUUACUUUGGUCUCUAUCCUGCAUAUUGUGCAUGUUUUCCUUCAAUUUAUAUAUUCAUGAUAAUAUGAAACUGAGAUUGUUCAAAAUUAUACCACUCUUUGCCAAGAAGAUCUGGUGGUAGAGUGGAGUAAUAUAGCAACACCCCCACACAGUGUUUCAUAUGUGCUUUAGAGCACAAAUUGUGCUUCUGUCUUGUUUCUUCCUGACCCAGACUAUGUAGUUCAGCCAUAUGUUAAGCUUCAUCUCAGCUGGGGCCAUGAGCCAAAUGAUUCUUUGGUUUAGUUUGUUGUUUAAAAGAUCUGUUGAGAUGCAGACAUAAAAUAUAAAAUUUUAUAUUUUACUUAGAAAUUGGAGGAAGGUUUUUAACCUGAAUACUAAGGCCCAUUUGACUUUAGGAUUCUUUUUUUAUUACUUAUUUUUAUUUAUUGAUUAAAACAUAUUUUUAUUGAUUUCAUAGAGGAAGGGAGAGGGAGAAAGAUAGAAACAUCAAUGAUGAGAAUCAUUGAUUGGCUGCCUCCUGCAUGCCCACUAGGGAUUGAACCUGAAACUGAGGCAUGUGCUCUGACCGAGAAUUGAAUUGUGACCUCCUGGUUCAUAGGCCAACGCUCAACCUCUGAGCCACACCAGCCAGGCAACUUUAGGAUCUUUAAAAUAUAUUUUACUGAUUUUUUUACAGAGAGGAAGGGAGAGAGAUAGAGAGUUAGAAACAUAGAUGAGAGAGAAACAUCAAUCAGCUGCCUCCUGCACAUCUCCUACUGGGGAUGUGCCCGCAACCCAGGUACAUGCCCUUGACCGGAAUCGAACCUGGGACCUUUCAGUCCGCAGGCCGACGCUCUAUCCACUGAGCCAAACCGGUUUUG